AUAAUAGUCAGCUGGUACCAUUUAAUCAAAAUUUAAUAGUACUAAAUAAAUUACAGAAAUAAAAUGUUUGAAAACUCUGUAAAAGUAAAACGUUGCAUGUUAAAAUUAUGUUCGUAGACAGAAAGCAUAUUUCCGUGCAACGAAACAAAGCCGUGGACAAGAAAACAAACAAGUUAGACAAACAUUGAUUUCAUAUAAGUUAUAACACUCAAAUAUUAAAUGCAUUAAUAAGAAAUAAACUAAUAAAGUGAAAAACAAAACUUAAAAAUUAAGAAAAUUUAAAAGGUGAAAGAAGAGGUCAAAAGAGCAGAGUAGGUCCACUAAGAGCAGCAGAUCUUAGCAACCCACAUGUCCCCAUAUAUUCUAUUUCCCCACUGUACACUCUCUUCUCCAUUCACCACCUCUCUAGGAAAGCUCACUCUCACUCUCUGCUUUGCCAUCUCAUUUUCAACAUCUUCUUUUUCUUUUAAACUUUUCAUUACAAAAAAAUUGUAUUUCAAAGUUAAUCUCUCUAUUCUUCAUUAGAUCCGUUGAGGUAACAGUGAAAGUGAAGAGUGAAAGUGAAGAGUAAAAGACAUGAAAACAAAACAUUUCUUGUGGGGUUUACUUGUCUCUCAAAGACUAGAUUCUUUUCUUGACUUACAUAAUGGAUCUUCAUGUUUACUCUUCCUUGUUUUUAAAAGUAAUCGGAAUUUUUUUCUUUCUAGUUUUUAUACUUUUAAGCUUUGUUUAGAUCAGAUUUGGAGAAAACUAACACAAAAAGUUAAACACAUUUGUUUAGGAAUAUUUUAUUUACAGGGAAAUGUAUGUCAACAUUUUUGGUGUUGGUAGCUGCUUGUUUGAAGGCUGUCUUAAGAUAACAAAACAAAGCAUCUUCCCCUGAAACUGCUUCUUAUUACAAAGUACUAGGAUCUCAAAAGAAACAAAGGUUCAAGAUUCAGACAAGAUGCAGAAACCGGGACAAAACAUAGAUUUUGCACUGAAGGAGACAUCACCAAAGAUUGGUGCAGGAGCUGUGACAGGUGACAAACUCUCAUGCACUUAUGACUUGGUCGAGCAGAUGCAUUACCUCUACGUCCAGGUCGUGAAGGCCAAAGAACUCCCAGGGAAAGACGUUACCGGUAGCUGCAAUCCUUACGUGGAAGUGAAGCUAGGGAACUACAAAGGCAUGACCAAGCACUUCGAGAAGAAGUCAAACCCGGAGUGGAAGCAAGUGUUCGCUUUCUCAAAAGAGAGGAUCCAAGCAUCAAUCUUAGAGGUCGUAGUGAAAGACAAAGACGUCAUGAUGGACGACUUGAUCGGUCGGAUCAUGUUCGAUCUCAACGAGAUUCCAAAGCGAGUUCCUCCUGAUAGUCCAUUAGCUCCCCAGUGGUAUCGGCUUGAGGAUCGUCACGGACGCAAGGUUAAAGGAGAGCUCAUGUUAGCCGUUUGGAUGGGGACACAAGCUGAUGAAGCGUUUUGUGACGCUUGGCACUCUGACGCAGCCACGGUUGGACCUGAAGGUGUUGCUAACAUCCGUUCAAAGGUUUAUCUCUCGCCAAAGCUAUGGUACGUGAGAGUCAACGUCAUCGAGGCACAAGAUUUGAUACCUUACGAUAAAACAAAGUUCCCUGAGGUCUACGUGAAGGCAAUGAUAGGGAACCAGACUCUAAGAACUCGAAUCUCGCAGUCUAAAACAUUGAAUCCUAUGUGGAAUGAAGAUUUAAUGUUCGUUGUUGCUGAGCCAUUCGAGGAGCCGUUGAUUCUCGCUGUUGAAGAUAGGGUAGCACCGAACAAAGAUGAGACACUAGGCAAGUGUGCAGUCCCGUUGCAGCAUGUACAGAGGAGGUUAGACCAUAGGCCGCUUAACUCCAGGUGGUUCAAUCUAGAGAAGCAUAUAAUGGUGGACGGAGAGAAGAAGGAGAUUAAAUUCGCGAGCAGGAUUCAUCUUAGAAUCUUUCUCGAAGGGGGAUACCAUGUUCUAGACGAAUCAACUCACUACAGCAGCGACCUUAGACCAACGGCGAAACAGCUCUGGAAACCGAGCAUCGGUUUGCUCGAAGUCGGGAUCAUCAGCGCGCACGGACUGAUGCCUAUGAAGAGCAAAGAAGGUAAAGGUACAACGGAUGCGUAUUGCGUAGCCAAGUACGGUCAGAAAUGGAUCAGAACGAGAACUAUCGUUGACAGCUUCGCUCCCAAGUGGAACGAGCAGUACACAUGGGAAGUGUUUGACACCUGCACGGUCAUAACGUUCGGAGCCUUCGACAACGGACACAUGCCUGGAGGAAGCGGGAAAGACAUGAGGAUAGGGAAAGUGAGGAUCCGUCUCUCCACGUUGGAAGCCGACCGUAUCUACACGCAUUCGUAUCCUCUUCUCGUCUUUCACCCUUCGGGGAUCAAGAAAACUGGCGAGAUACAGUUAGCGGUGAGGUUCACUUGCUUAUCCGUCAUCAACAUGCUUCACAUGUACUCUCAGCCGCUCCUCCCUAAAAUGCAUUACAUUCAUCCGCUAUCGGUUCUCCAGCUGGAUAGUUUGAGACACCAGGCGAUGAACAUUGUCUCCGCGAGGCUGAACCGAGCGGAGCCGCCGCUUAGGAAAGAGGUUGUUGAGUACAUGCUUGAUGUUGACUCGCAUAUGUGGAGCAUGAGGAGGAGUAAGGCCAACUUCUUUAGAAUCAUGAAUGUUCUGAGCGGUCUUGUAGCUGUUGGGAAGUGGUUUGAGCAGAUAUGCCACUGGAGAAACCCAAUCACCACUAUUCUGAUUCAUGUUCUUUUUAUAAUCUUGGUUCUUUACCCGGAACUCAUCUUACCAACGGUGUUCUUGUACCUUUUCUUGAUCGGGGUAUGGAACUUCCGGUGGAGACCGAGGCACCCGCCGCACAUGGACACGCGGUUGUCCCACGCGGACGCUGUCCACCCUGACGAGCUCGACGAAGAGUUUGACACUUUCCCUACUUCCAGAUCCCCUGAGAUCGUCAGGAUGAGGUACGACCGGCUCAGGAGCAUAGGAGGACGAGUUCAGACAGUGGUGGGCGAUCUAGCUACGCAAGGAGAAAGGUUUUCAUCCCUGCUGAGCUGGAGAGACCCGAGGGCAACCACACUGUUUGUGUUCUUCUGUCUCAUUGCUGCUGUUGUGUUGUAUGUUACACCGUUUCAGGUUGUGGCGAUGCUCGCUGGGAUCUAUGUUCUGAGGCAUCCAAGGUUCAGGUACAGGCUCCCUUCUGUGCCUCUCAAUCUCUUCAGGAGGCUACCUGCAAGAUCUGACUGUCUAUUAUAGACACAUCCCUAUUAUCUACUACAUCUGCACUAUGUUUAAAACUUUCAAAAACUUGUUUGAUUCAGUUUUAAAAUAAUUAUUAAUUGCAACAUUCAUAAGGCAGUUUGGUAAUCCAAAUACAUAUAA